GAAACACAGAAGUAAGUUCAGACACACAUGAGGAGGCUCUGAGGAAACACAGGAAGACAUCAGUGAUGUGGGAAUAAUGUCAGGACCCUGAUGCGCAUUCAACACAAACCAUGUGAGGGACAUCUUUGCCUCAGAGGCCAAAGAAAGAGAUGGCUGGGAAGUGCUUUGACAUCAGUGAUCUACUUCUGAAAAGUUUGGAGAUACUUGGAUGAAGCAGUUGUUACUUCUUUCUUUUUACUGGGAUUCGAACAGUAGCACUGUUUCUGUGGCUGAGGAGGAGCAGGAGGAGGAAGGCACCAUGAUCUCCACAGCCCUCCGCUGGCUCGUCCUGGUGUUGUUCAUCAUUCUGACCAUCAGUGGGAACAUGCUGGUGUGUUUGGCUGUCGGGCUCAGCCGUAGACUGUGGUGCAUCGCCAACUGCUUCGUGGUGUCGCUGGCACUGACGGAUCUGCUGCUGGGCCUGCUGGUGCUGCCCCUGACUGCUACCGUGGAGCUGCGUGGCGGGAAAUGGCCCUUCGGGGGAGCCCUGUGUAACAUCUACCUCUCGCUGGACGUCAUGCUGUGUUCCUCCUCCAUCCUGACCCUGAUGGCAAUCAGCGUGGACCGAUACCUGGCCAUUUCAGCUCCGCUCAGCUACUCCCGGAGGGUCACCCCUCUGAGGGUGACGCUGGCCCUCAUCGCCAUCUGGGCCUUGUCACUGGCCGUGUCCUUUGUGCCCAUCCACCUGGGCUUGAACACGGUGGACUACAAAGUGCAGCACGUGGACUGGGGCUUGGGGGAUGAGGACAAAGAGGGACGCUACUGCCAGUUUGAAUGGAAUAACAACUACGUUCUUAUUUAUGCCUUCGGCUCAUUUUACCUGCCUCUGCUGCUUAUGAGUGGAAUGUAUCUUUGCAUAUUCAGAGUGGCACGAAAACAGGUGCGGCGUAUUCGUGCUGCCAUGCCGUCAUAUCCAUGCACAGCGUCGACCGCAGCCAUAGCCCACGAGCACAAAGCCACAGUGACCCUGGCAGCAGUACUGGGGGCCUUCAUCAUCUGCUGGUUCCCUUACUUCACUUUCUUAACCUGCAUGGGAAUAAAGGAAAAGACAAACCCCCCCAACACGCUUCACUCUGUGAUCCUGUGGCUGGGCUACUUUAAUUCUGCCCUGAACCCCAUACUGUACCCAGCCUUCAACAGGGAUUUCCGCAGGGCCUACGGAGACCUCCUUCGCUGCAGGGGACAGUCUCGCAGAAAACUAACGUUCACCUGCUUGUUCGUGCCUAAAAGACUGAGCUUUACGAACGGACAGAAGGUGACACAGCAGUCAGAGAAACGUACGGACAAAGUUAUGAAAGAAAACGAGGGGAAGAGCCUCACGCUUCAUGAGAGAAACGGUUUCCCUGAUGAGCCGUGGUGAAAUGCUGGACUGUAGACCUGCAGGAACUGUAAAUACAAAGUCACUACUACUCACAGAACUAGCCUAGCUGAGCAUUGUAGGUGAUUAGUGUAUAGUGCCAACGGUGACACAGUUCAUGUAAAAACCCAAUGCACAACAUCAUGAGUGUUUUCUAAGUGUAUAAGCUGAAUAAAAGCUUGUGCGUAAUAUAAUAGGUGGCCAUUAUCUUCUUGAUGACUUUUCCAGUAAAGAAAAGCCACAGUUCUGAAGUGUCUGUUUAUUAGAAUGUAUAAAAAGCAAAGUGUGGACAGAGCACAGCAGAGUGGAAUGAAUGGAUGACUCAGUAAAUGGACCAGAAAACUGCACAGAGGUUAAAAUGUUGCAAAUUGUUUAUUUUGCUCUGGUUCCCGCACUGCAGUUAAAGUGAAUUCCUGGACUUUUCAACACAUUAACUGCAACUAAAUAGAACAUCCAUUUUUCAAAAUAAAGGUGUAUUUUUUUGUUAUUUAUGCGUGCAACAUGGUCCAGGGUUGUUGCACUGAUUAAAACACAUAAUAUAUAGUAAAGCUGCUCAAGUCUUUUUUCCAAAUGGGCACACUGCACCUCAUCAGAUACAUAAUACCUUCAAUACAAGUUCAUUAUUUGUAUGUACAUGUUACCAGGAUUAUUGUCAGACAGCCCAUUGACACUUAUAUAUAAGAAAUCAUGUAGAAAAGAUGAGAAUAAACCUGGAAUCUCCUCAACAAACUCUGUUGACAAAAGACAUACGCAUAAAACAAAUUUUGAAUUAUAAAUCCCUGGGGUCCAAUUUGUAAUUUAAAGCUACCUACUGUGGUGAAUGAGUGAACUUAAUCCCACCUUGAUCAGGCGGAUAGUCAGGAUGUACGGCUUGUGGCAACUUUUACAGAAACAUAUCAUGUAAAGUUGAAAGUUAACUGAAAGUUAAUAGCACACUCAAUU